AUGAGCAGCAAAAUUCAAUUCGUUUUUGUUUACAACACUUCAUUACAUUCCAAAGCUACGGAUCCGCCAGGGACUACCGUCUCUAAUCCAUCAUCGGAUACAGAGCAAUUCGCGGCAUCUGACAGUGACGGUGAACUGGCAACAGCAACCAUAACCAGAGUCACGGGUACAACAACGAGAGCAGCGGAGCCGUAUAUAAUUCAACAAAUUCGGAAAGGAAACCAGCAACAACAAUAUAAUAUUCAUUCGCAAUCGCCCUUUAAGCAGACCCAUUUGACAAAAAGUGCGGAUAUGGCAGCUGUGGUUCGUAAGAAACAGGAUGACAAGUACCUGCAGGUGUUGCGAGAGUUGGUAACCAACGGUGGUGGUAAUAGGCAAUGCUUUGACUGUGGCCAAAAAGGUCCCACAUACGUCAACAUGACAAUUGGAUCAUUUGUAUGCACACGGUGUUCAGGAGUGCUGUAAGUGUUUUCUCGACAA